AUGUCUACCAAGGCGCACGAUGAUUUGGCAGAGGCCGAAGCGGCCCCGACCCUGACGUCAAACGAUGCCGCCCUUGAGCGAACAGUCGUCAGGAAGAUGGAUAGGAACUUCUUGCUCCUUCUAUGGGUUCUUUUCCUUCUCGCUUUUCUGGAUCGCUCAAAUAUUGGCAAUGCGCAAGUCGCCGGCAUGGGCAAGGACUUAUCGCUGAGCAGUGACCAAUACCAAUGGCUCCUCACGAUAUUUUACAUCUUUUACAUCAUUGCUGAGCCACUAACCUUAAUGUAUAAAGUCGUGUCCCCCCGAACUUGGGUACCCAUUCUGGUCCUGGGCUGGGGCGUCGCUGCGACCGCGCAAGCGGCCACUCAGUCAUUUGCAGGAAUGAUGGUUUGCCGUGGGCUACUAGCAACUUUCGAGGCUGGUUAUGGUCCCGGAACCGUCUAUCUGCUUUCUUUCUUUUACCUUCGCAGAGAAAUUGGACUGCGCAUCGGUAUAUUCUUCUCCGCCGCCCCGCUUGCCACCUGCUUUGCUGGUGCGUUGGCGUACGCGAUCACUUCCGGCCAUUCUCACCUAGCCAAUUGGAGGUUACUCUUUCUCGUGGAGGGAAUACCGGUCUUGAUUAUGUCUGUGGUCACCUACUUUGCCAUGCCUAGCUCCCCACAUGACGCCUGGUUUCUUAAUGAGGAGGAAAAGAAAGUAGCACUGGCGCGAGGGGUUCGGCAAACGGGCAAGGAGCCUCGCGUGGGCAAAAUAAGCUGGAGAGAGACAUUUUCGACCCUCCUUGAUCUCAAGGCUUGGAUCACAGCGGUAAUGUAUUUUUCUUGCAACGUUUCAUACGCGUCUCUGCCUGUAUUUCUGCCUACUAUCUUGGAGGACUUGGGAUACUCUGGAUUGAAUGCGCAAGGUUUAUCUGCGCCGCCAUAUUUCAUCUCUUUCCUCGUCACGAUUUGCUCUACAUUUAUCGCUGAUCGCACACAGCAAAGAGGACUGACCGUGAUAAGCUUGGCCCUCAUUGCCAGUGCUGGGUACGUAAUGCUGGCAGUGGCAAAUACCAACACUGUGAGAUAUGCGGGAGUGUAUCUUGCUGCUUUGGGUCUUUUCCCGACUAUAGCGAACGUUUUGCCAUGGGUCCUAAGUAACCAGGGCAACGAUGAGCGGCGAGGGGCUGGCAUCGUGCUGCUGAACCUCGUUGGGCAAUGCGGUCCACUUCUUGGAACUCGCCUAUACCCAAAGAGCGAAAAGCCUCAUUAUACGAAAGGACACGCGAUAUGUGCUGCGUUCAUGGGUUUCACCGCGCUCCUGGCACUGGUCCUUCGGUGCCUUCUGAUGUGGGAAAACCGCAAGCUAGCUCAAAGAUGUCCUGCCGUUGAAGACGCUGAUAGUGCCGAAGGAGAGGAGAAUUACGGUCCAUCAUUUCGCUAUGUGCUCUAA